UAUCUGGCCUGUGUGCCUUAACUUUGACACAUACUCUAAUGAAUUUAAUGGCCGACUUAUUUGGUUUUGUAAUUCUUGCCAAUUUGAUCAAAAACCGUCAAAGCAAAUAAUUUUUUCCUGUCAGAUUUUUAGUUUUUAUUUGUCCGCAUUCCUCCAUGCUUUCUCCUCAGACYGUGUGUCCAUGUCCGCAGCGUCCCCCUCCGGUCCACCCACACCGGCUGUCGUCCAGUUCAAGCUGGGCCUGUUCAGAGAGAUGGUCCGAGUCCCACCAGGCAACCGAAGCUUCCGCCACGCUCGGAGGCUGGCUGCUGAGGUCAUCGAGCGUAAGGCUCCUGACUGCAGCGUGGUCGGCCCCGGCGAGAAGAUCCUGCUGUUCCGACACCGACCCGCCUCUGAGCAGCUGCUGCAGCGGCUGACAGACCAGGACGAGCUGCAGGACGGGGACCUCAUCGAGGUCGUCAUCGCAGGUUCAGCCUCGGUAGCUGAGGUGCAGAUGCGCCCGCACUCCCUGGUGGUCCAGUCGUACCGGACCCCCACCUUCUGCCACCACUGCGGGGAGAUGCUGUGGGGCCUCGUGCGACAGGGGUUAAAAUGUGAAGGAUGUGGGUUAGACUUCCAUAAACGCUGUGCUUUCCUGCUGCCUGACAACUGCAGCCGAGUUCGACGCCAAGUCAGCACCAGCUUCUCCCUGUUCCAGCCACGCCGCCCGCCGACACACUCGCUGUCCAACCAGGCCGGAGGCAGCUUGGAGGAGAUCAGCAUGACCAAACCGUUGUCCAGGCCUCCGUCGUGGAACGAGCCCCCGGUCUGGCUGUCAGCCGGGGACAGGAGCAGGCCUCAGGUCCCCCACACCUUCCACAUCCACAGCUACACCAAGCCCACCGUGUGCCAGUACUGCCACCGGCUGCUCAAAGGCCUCUUCAGGCAGGGGCUGCAGUGCUCAGACUGCAGGUUCAACUGUCACAAGCGCUGCGAGCCGCUGGUCCCCAGAGACUGUCCAGGAGAGAAGAGAGGCAUCAAUGGGAACGAAUCCUCGGCAGCCGCUCACACCUGGCCACAGGACGCCGAGGACAACGAGUCUGAGCUCAUGACCCUCGACACCUCAGACGACGAGAUGCUGACCGAUUGUGACUCGCUGACGGACGGCGGCGAGGAGGAGCGGCCCAGAGAGCCGAUGAGUCCGUGCUUCAGCAGCAACAUCCCCCUGAUGAGGCUGGUCCAGUCGGUUCAUCACACUAAGAGGAGAGCCGGAGCCGUCCUGAGAGAGGGCUGGCUGCUGCACCACACUGACACCGACACACUGAGAAAACGACAUUACUGGGUCUUGGACUGGAAGUGCAUCACUCUGUACCAGAAUGACAUCAGCACAAAGUACUACAAGGAAAUCCCGCUGUCACGGGUGCUGCAGGUCCGAGGCCCCGCCCACCUCUCCGUGGCCCCAUUGACGGGCGACGACUCUCACUCCUUUGAGCUGGUGACGGCCUCGCUCGUGUUCUGCGUGCAGGCGGGUGCGGACGGCGCCGCGUGGGAAAGCGCCAUCUGCCAGGCUCUGAUGCCCGUGCAGAGCAGCAGGAGACCCGGGGAGGAGCAGCAGGAUAAAGACCAUCACGGAGACGGAGCGGACAUCAGCUCCGUGUAUCAGAUCUUUACUGACGAGGUUCUGGGUUCUGGACAGUUUGGAGUUGUUUUCAAAGGCACUCACAGGCAGACCGGUCGAUCGGUCGCCAUCAAAGUCAUCGACAAGACUCGCUUCCCCACCAAACAAGAGAGGCAGCUGAGGAACGAAGUGGGCAUUCUGCAGAAUCUGUCCCACCCCGGCGUGGUUCUGUUGGAAGGCAUGUUCGAGACGUCCCGGCAUGUUUUUGUGGUCAUGGAGAAGCUCCACGGGGACAUGCUGGAGAUGAUCCUGUCCAGCGAGAAGGGCCGGCUGCCUGAACGCAUCGCUCGCUUCCUGGUCGCGCAGAUCCUCGAGGCGCUGCGGUACCUCCACCUGAAGCACGUCGCCCACUGCGACCUGAAACCGGAGAACGUCCUCUUGGUCUCGGCGGAGCCCUUCCCCCAAGUGAAGCUGUGUGACUUCGGCUUCUCCCGCAUCAUCGGCGAGAAGUCGUUCCGCCGCUCGGUCGUGGGAACGCCGGCCUACCUGGCACCCGAGGUGAUCAGCAGCAGUGGCUACAACCGCUCGCUGGACAUGUGGUCGGUGGGCGUCAUCAUGUACGUCAGCCUGAGCGGGACGUUCCCCUUCAACGAAGACGAGGACAUCCGGCAGCAGAUCACCAACGCUGCCUUCAUGUACCCUCGCCAGCCCUGGGCCUCCAUCUCACUGCAAGGUGUGAGUCUGAUCAACAACCUGCUGCAGGUGUCUGUGAGACGCAGGUUCACUGUGGGCAAAGCUCUGGGACACUCCUGGCUACAGAAUUUCCAGCUGUGGUGCGACCUCAGGGAGUUUGAGAUGAGGUUGGGCCGCAGGUAUCUGACCCAUCGAGGAGAAGAGGAUCACUGGAUGCGUUACGCUCAGGAAAAGGGGCUCUGCUUCCCCCCUCACCUCUACUGGGACCCCAACGACGCUCUGGACCUAUGAGAAGUUCACUUGUUGCGACUCGGCUGGAGAAGUUACUGAACUUUUAUAUUUAUAGUAAAAAUUAAGAAGAAAAAAAACAACACAAACUGCUGUUUAAUAAUAUAACGUUCCUUUUUAUUCCAACUUUUUGUUCGGAAGUGUUUGAAUGUGGGUUUUUGUAGCAUCAGUGAUGAGUGACAGAACUGAUUGUGAGGGGAGGAGGAGGAGGAGGAGAAUGGAGCACAGAUGAAGCAUGAACAAAAGGAGUCAACUCGCACCGAUCAUCAUGGCCGACUUUGUUUAAAAAAAAAAAACACGGGACCAGAACCCUUUUAGUGUUUCCUGCUGUGAUCCCAUGUCCAGCUUCGAUUUUAGAUUUUUCACAACUUUCCUUUCGCCCUGUUUGUCCCGUCUCACCUCCCUCUGCCUGUCUAACUC